AUUGAGCUUUUUUAAUUUCAUAACUUUAAUUUAGUCUGCUGUGGAAGUUCCGGCGGCUGCUGCUCACCGCCCGUACCCGCGUGUCGGCGGAGGUGUGCGGGCAGGUGUGUGAGCCGGUGGCCGGUGUCUGUCCGUGUGUUUUCGUGCGUUUAGCUGCUGUGGUUCUUAUUCUCGGAGUUGUGGAGGACAAGGGGCCGACAGAACUUGGACCAGCGACGCCUGCGCUCUGUCAGGGUUUGUUUUGAAAAGAUGGCGUCUGUCGGGACCGCUCCUGCUCUUCGCCUUCCUCCUGUCCUCCGUGUUUUGCUCCUCCGGUUCUCCCUCCGCAGGCUCCUGGCGGCUCUUUCCUGGAAGUUACCCGCCUGCUUGCGCCGUUAGCCCGGGCAGCUAGCAGGACGGUUAGCCAUAGCGGCUAACGUUCUCCACUUGUUCUCGGUGUUCGGUAGGAGCGAUGCGACGGUCGCUUUCACGACCCGUUCCAACACACUCACACCGACCAAACAACGGGGAGCUUUGCUGAACGGGCGAUUGUUCGUGGGCAGGCCCGCCGUGAGGCACCGGGGCUGUUACCGGAGGGUCCGGUGUGUUUCAGCGGGAGGACACACAAACACUUUAGAGUGUUUAAAGCACUUCUCCGCCUCAACCCUCCAUUUUAACGGGGUUCGGGCCUCUGCCGAGGCGGUGCUGAUGGAAGUUUAUCUGACAACUUAACCCAGUGAGUCCACUCAGCCCGCAUCCCGACCCGGUUCCCGCAGACUUCGGGACUUUCGCUCCAAGCCAAACUUGAUCAGAAGAACCGCAGCGAACCGGAUUCUUCUCCGUUAGUUAAAUUGUGUUAAAAAAAAGUCAGCUCCGGUUCCGGCAGGUCCCCACUUCCUGCUCGGUCCGGUCCGGGUUCUGCGUUCGGGUUUGCAUCUUAACUUUAUUUGUACUUUAUCAUCGUUUUGUUUUUUUACAGCUGAGUUUUUUUUCUUCUGUUUUGAUCUGAAAAUAGAAAAUCAGUUUUUUUUUGACGGGUCAUCACGUUUAGUGGAUCUAACGGAACGUGUUUGUUUUCCUCUGAAUAAGAAUAAAAAUUCCUUUAUUAGUCCCUCAGUGGGAAAAUUAAAGGUAUUCUUCAUACCACUAAAGCAACUUAAUUAUUGCAUCUUUAUUCUAAACGUUUUCAACGUUUCAAAGUCUCAUUAAUAUUUUAAACAAGCAAGAUAACAAAAGUAAUUUUCCAGGAAAACCAGGAUUGGUUUGGGUUAACCAGGAAAACCAGGAUUGGUUUGUUUUAUCCAGGAAAACCGGGUUUUGUUUGGUUUAACCAGGAAAACUGUGAUUGGUUUGAUUUAACCCGGAAAACCGUGAUUUGCUUGUUUUAACCAGGAAAACCGAGAUUGGUUUGGUUUAACCAGGAAAACUGGGAUUGGUUUGAUUUAACACUUUUCAUACACCUUCAUCCCCCCUAACGAGUCAACUGUCUUAAUUCAGUUCAGUAAUUUACUUUACUUCCCUCAUCAAUCCUGUUGUUUGGAGUUCCGCAGGGUUCCAUGUCAUGCCCCCACUGCUUUCCCUUUUUAUUGAUGGCCUGAUGAAGCAAUGAGGCUUUUCAGCCAAUUGUUUCACCAAAAGGUUCACUACUGAAUACUUCAUUCAGUGCUUCAUUUACUCAUCUUUAUGUAGUGACAUCUGCUGGUGGAGUUGAAGCAUGGCAUGCAUCAAGUCUAACCUGUACUAUAAAUAAACUAGAUUGUAUGAUUCAUCACAAAAGUGUCCUUUUUUAUUUAUAACCAUGAUUCUCACCACCUGCUGUUACUUUGCACUUAAUUGUGGGUUAUGCUCAUGCAUCAUGUAGGCUAGUCAUUAAUUCAAGGAAAUAAUUUUGGUUUCAAAUUAAAGGGUUACACAAAACACAUUAGGUGGAGUGUCAGGGAUCGGCAUUUUACACUUACCUUUGGAAUGCAUGGCCAGCAAAGGUGUUUUCUGUCAUUUUUCGGGGUGCUGAAUAAUCUUUAAAGUGAACCCCAGUCCCUGCAUGCUCUACCACCAAGCAGAGGGGCAUUCGACACCCCUGAAGUGCUCAGCUCUUCUAAACCUCUGGCCCUAAAAUAGCUCCUGAUGGACAGUGUUGGGCAAGUUGCUUCAAAACUCUCAACCACUUCAAACUCUGAUGGACACAAGGACCAAACAAAACAACCCACAAAGCACAGGCAGCACAGCGGGGUGGUGACCAGUCCUACAGCCAGGUGCACCACUUUAAUGCUUCAGUUGGAUGGUUUUCCUACUGGAUACGGUGUUCAGGCUGACCGAUCGGCUGACAGACUGACUGGAUCCAUGAUGGAACUACAGACGCUCCAGGAGGCUCUGAAGGUGGAGAUCCAGAUCCAUCAGAAACUGGUGGCUCAGAUGAAGCAGGAUCCUCAGAAUGCAGAUCUGAAGAAGCAGCUCCAUGAGCUUCAAGCCAAGAUCACAGCGCUCAGCGAGAAGCAGAAAAAGGUGGUGGAGCAGCUGAGAAAGGAGCUACUAGUGAAGCAGGAGCCAGAGGCCAAACUGCAGCUGCAGGUCCAAACUCCUCCACCAGGGAGCGACAUGAAGCCAGUCAACCUAUUGCAGAGCCAGCAGAUACCUGGAGGACUACAACAGACGCUGACCGUCACACCAGUCCUCACCACCAAGACUCUACCUCUGGUGUUCAAAGCUGCCACGCCCACCCUGCCCAGCUCCGUCCUGUCACAGCGCCCGGCCGCCGUCACUAUGGUAACCACCGCUAUCACCAAACCCGACUUGCAGAACAUCCCCAUCAAUCUGCAGGUGGCCAGCAAGCUUACCAAUCAGAGCUCGGACCCCGUGCGCUUGGUUUCCAAGAACGCCGUGGUGGUGCAGGCCACCUCCACCUCUGCCUCCGCCCAGCCAAUCAAAGUUCCUCAGUUUGUCCCUCCUCCUAGACUGACGCCUCGGCCCACCUUUCAGCCACAGGUGAGACCAAGGUUGGCCACACCCACAAAUGUCCCUAUUGCCCCAGCUCCUCCCCCACCCAUGAUGGCAGCCCCCCAGCUCCUGCAGAGGCCGGUCAUGUUGGCCACCAAGCUGUCCACCUCGCUGCCUUCGGCGGCUCCUAUCCACCAGGUGCGCAUCGUCAACGGGCAGCCAUGCAGCAAGACAGGCUCCGCCCCUCUGACCGGCAUCGUCAUCACAACACCCGUCUCUGCCACCCCCACCCGUCUCGCCAGCCCCGCUCAGGUGCUCAGCAGCCCUUCUCCACUUCCUGCUUUACCUUCUUCUGCCCCACCAAUCCAGAUCAGCAGCCUGACCCCUGAGCCCAAGCAGACUGUUAAACCCGAAGCAGCAGAGCCGAAGGUGGCGAUCAGCCUGCCAUCCUCCUCCACCCCUCCAUUGCCCACCCCCACCCGGCCUAAGAAGACGGAGAACCCAGAGAAACUGGCCUUCAUGGUGUCUUUAGGUCUGGUAACCCAUGAUCACCUGGAAGAGAUUCAGAGCAAACGGCAGGAGAGGAAGAGGAGGACAACAGCGAAUCCAGUGUACAGCGGUGCCGUGUUUGAGCCUGAGAGGAAGAAGAGUGCCGUGAGUUACUUGAACAGCCCUCUGCACCAGGGGACUAGAAAGAGAGCCAAUGAAGACUCCCUCUCAAAGAUCCUGAAAAAAGAAGAAGCCAUUCCCUGGCCCGGAACGCUGGCUAUUGUCCAUUCCUACAUCGCCUACAAAGAAGCUAAAGAAGAGGAAAAGCAGAAGCUGAUGAAGUGGAGCUCUGAGCUGAAGGUGGAGCGCGAGCAGCUGGAGCAAAGAGUCAAACAGCUCAGCAACUCCAUCACGAAAUGCAUGGAGACCAAGAACACCAUCUUGGCUCAUCAGAAGGAGAUGCAGCUUUCCCUGGACAAAGUCAAACACCUGAUUCGCCUCAUCCAGGCCUUCAACUUCAACCAGGCUCUGUUAGAGACAGAAGCGAGGGAUCUCCGGGUCCAGGACGCCACUCUGACUGCAGUCACCCCUGGAUCUGCAGCUUCACCUGGAUCCAACCCUGUGGAGAAGCAGAAGCUGGAGAACUCAGUCAGCAGUAAACAGGAGGAGCAGCAAACAGGAGGAGCAGCAGAAGGAGACGACAGUGUUCAGCCCAACAGUACAGUUCUGACAAAGUGCCCUGGUGGGGGGGUGGGGGUCAUGGGUCAGACAGAGACUGAUCUCCAUGCGGGGUCCAAGUCUGGGGCAACUCCAUUGGUCGAUGUUCCUGCUGCCGCCACCAACGGUACAUCUGAGCCAGCGGGGCCACAGUUGGUGGGGCCCCAGGCUCCAGGGCUAGAGCGCAGUCCCACAGGAAGCUGUUCAUCCAACUCGGAGAACAAAAUGGCUGCUCUUAACCCUGCAGAGAUGGCAGCAGAGAAGAACCAGAACCAGGAGGAGAUCAGCAACAACAGCAAAACCUCAGAACCCUCUCAACAUUGUUUGCCAGCUCUUGUCAGCAGUUUGGACCAAAAGAAGUGACGUUGUCAUGAUUAUUAAACGGACUCCUGCUGGCGCCACCCGGCGCCCUCAAGUUGCCAAUCUGUAUAAAUGUUGUUUGUUUGCAUCGUAUCGUCGGACUGUGUCAGUGGUUGGUGUACAACACGGGUCACCUGACUCUGGGGUGCAGAGACACUCCACCCCGCCCCCUCCAUCCCACCCAAUGGGCUUCAGGACAGAAAGUGGACCGGGUCAGCAUGCCAAUUAGUGAUAAACACUGAAAGGGAGGUUUCUUCAUUAUCACACCGGUGUGUGCCUGUUACAGUGGGGGUGGGGGGGUUCUGAUGGGUCAAAAAUGAGCCCAGAACCAGACGUCUGUCAGGGGUAACUGAUUCUAGAAGCAGUGUUGUAAUGGUUUGUGUUCCGAAAAAAGAACCUGUUCAUCUCCUCGACUCGUUAAACCCAAUGGGAACAAGGUUCUGUGUCCCGGUGGUCUGGAUCUUCUACACCAGAACUAGUCUUCUAGAGCUGAAGCAUUUUCAGUUCAAACAUAUCAGAACAUUUACCAGAGCCUAUUCUUAGUCCAAAAAUCCAACAGAACCGACUUCUUACAAAGGCUCCAGUUUGCUUCAAACCAGCUUCUGUGACUCAGAACCAAGUCAGACGGACCAGAAGUACAAGAGUGAACAGAAUCUUCAUGUCAGAACAAUAAAAAUAUGCCUGUGAAGAGUGAAAACAGGAAGAAGUCAUUCACACCUAGUAGCAGACCCGACACUUAAUCCAACUUCACCUAACCUAACCUCACCCUGCCUAAUUUCCCCGAUACUCGAUCCAACCUCACCUCACCUAGCCUCACCCAACCUCACCCUGCCCAAUCUCCUCGAUACUCGAUCCAACCUCACCUAAACCUUACUCAACCUCACCCUGCCCAAUCUCCCUGAUACUCGAUCCAACCUCACCUCACUCAACUUCACCCUCCCCGAUAAUCGAUCCAAUCUCAACUCACCUAGCCUUACCCAACCUCACCCUGCCCAAUUUCCAUGGUACUCAAUCCAACCUCACCCUGCCCGAUUUCCCCAAUACUCAAUCCAACCUCACCUCACUCAACCUCACCCUCCCCGAUGAUCGAUCCAAUCUCAACUCACCUAGCCUUACCUACACUCACCUUGCCCAAUUUCCCUGAUACUCAAUCCAACCUCACCCUACCCAAUCUUCCCGAUACCCGAUCCAACCUCGCCAUGCCAAAUCUCCCCAAUACUCGAUCCAACCUCACCUCACCUAACCUUACCCAACCUCACCCUGCCCAAUCUCCCCGAUACUCGAUCCAACCUCGCCUGACAAGAUAUGUUCGAAAUCUGAUCCAACCUCACCCAAUCUGGCUUGACUUGACCCAAACUCACUAGACCUGGUCUGAUCCACCCCAACUUGACUCAACUCAUCUUAUCUUGUUACUGAUUCUUAGAGCUGACCUGAGGUCUUCUGGUUCCUUUCAACUAGAAUAAUUGUCGGACCCUAUCGUGACAGAUUUGUCAUCUCUGGUCCCCGUUGACCUCUGACCUUGGACGUUGUUCCCAGCUGGUCGGAGGUGGAGGAGGAACAGGAGCCUAACAGAUGUGUCCAGUGGUGUCUGUUGUGUUGUGAUGGAGAUUUCAUUUGUCAAGUCACUUGUGAACACUUAAAUGUGAAACUGCAAUAUCACACAGUCAACACACACACUGACACACUCUGACACACACACACACACACACACACACACACACACACACACACACACACACACUCAGACAAAACACACACAUUCUCUCUAUCUGGGCUGUUUGUUUUUAUUGGAAACGAUAUUCAGGUCUUCCUUGUUUCAGAAUAAGUGCUUUCUGUUCCUGAACCUACUGGACUGGACUCAGACCAGUUCUGUAGAACCCUGAACUGCCAAAAUCAUGAUGAAGUGUCCAAAUUCAGCAGGGACUCCUUCAUUUCCUGCGUCACAGAUCAAACGGGUGGCGAGGAGACCUGUGUCGCGCACUCCUUUUGGAGAACAGUAAGUCCCCAGAUUGAGACGAUCAAACAGGAAGAGGAACUUUGAUGGAGGGUUUGUUGUUGGGACCUUCAGAUGGAGCUCCACAACACCACCCUGAGACUAAAGCACAAGCCUGCUGCAUCACAAAGAAGUGCUGAAGAGCUUUUUGUAUGUUCACUAGGAGUUAACCAGAGUAUGCAUCUCUCUGUUGUCAUGUGACUUAUCCCCACAUUGCCAUUGCUGUCCUCAGAGGGACACCAAGCUUCUGUGAGACUCUGAAGCUAAGGAGUUGGAUGCCUUCCUCCUCUCACAGUUGGACCGGAGCAGAGCUGAAAGGUUCUGAGGGCGGUGGUUGGUCUGAGUUUGUAGAACUGAACAGGACUUGUGGCUACGUGUUGGUCCAGGACCAGUACAGACUCUGGUCUGCAGGUCAGUGCUGCCUCUGGCUCUGCUCCGAACUUUGUUUUAUUUCUGCUGAAAGUGUUUGGUUUUCCAGCCCUCACCCCUGACCCUCCUCACUCGGCCUAAACUCGGUUUUUCAGGUGUCUCUUAUUAUUUUAUUGUUUCAGGAGGAUUCUUGUGAAUCAGCAUAUCUGUCACCUGAUCAGCUGUAUAAACUGCCUUCAUUCAGAAGAACCCAGAUCCGUGUUUGUGUCCGGACGGGAGAAGGAAGUGUCUGUAGUGGCCCCGCCUUCUUUUGGGUCUCAUUUAUUGUGUUUUGUUCUCGGUCCGUCUCCUCUGUGGACGUUCUGUUUUGAGACUUUAGUUUUUCUGUUGGUUCUGAUCAGAACUGGAGCCCAUGUUCCUGUAGACCGGACCUUCCCCUCUCCACAGUAGGUACCUCGAGUGCCUUUCUUCUUACAGCAGAUAAUAUUUGACUUGCACUGUGACUUGUAGAACCUACCGGACCCUCUGGAUGACCUCGUGUCCCCCCCGGCCCUUUGAAUCCACCACAUGGUGUUUUGUUGUUUGUUCUAGAAGUUGCCUUAAUGUGUUUUUAUGUUUAGUGGUGAAACUUUGAUAUUUUGGACUGAAGCUGGAGGCAGUUAGAUGUAGAGGAGGAAAUCUCGCUCUGAGCUGUUUGUGAUGCACUUUUAGUUUGAUCAGUAUUAUAAUCAGAGCAGGAGUUGGUUUUAUUUUGAAAGGCUAUUUCCUGUCUGUGGUUGUGUGUUUCAGAUGAGGGUGAGUUUGUAUGUGCUGGAGCACAUUACAAAUGAACAAACAUCAGUGCACUCACCUUCUUAUGCAAGUUUUCUACCAGAUUUGCUUCUGAUUUGUUUUCACGUAAAACUCGAGUCACCUUUUUUCUUUGAACAUUCUGGCAUCCUGAUGCCAAACGUGUGCCGUUUACACUCUGACGUAGCCAUCUGAGAGGCCGUUGGGAGCGUUUCAUCUGUAAAGUGUGCAGCUUCCGGGUUUGCUGCAGACCGAUUUCUGAACAGAACCAUUAUGAUCCAAAAGAACCUGAGGGUUGUGUCUGAGCUGCAGUACCACAGGCCAUCACCAGGACAAGCUGGCAGCAUUGCCUCCAUCUUUAGUUUUUGGUUCCUUUUAGCUUUUAAGUUGACCUCUGCUGCGCUGCGUUUGGGGGGGGGGGGG